UCACAGACCUCAAUCAAUAGAUAAAAAUGGCUGAUCGUUUCUCUCUCUAGACGUCGUAAUCCGCCCUUAGUGAGAGAAUACACAAGUGUUCAUACCUCUUCUUUCAUCUAAAAUUUGAAAUUAAGAUCGUAGGGGUUUGUUGUUUUAGCAAACAAUGGAAAGGAAACAAGGUUUUUUCUCCACUUUAAGAGACGAGGUGGUCAGUGGUUUAUCGCCGGCGAGGUCACGUGCCCGGAGUCCGGCGAGGAGUGGUUCGCCAAUGUCGGGGCUGCUUCGACUGAAGCCUAAGCAGUCGCCGUACCAGGAGUCAUUUGUCGGAAGAUCGGGGAGUUUGAGUGGCGAAACGCUUGCACCGUUGAUUGAGGGACCCGAUCCGGCUGCGUCAGAACUCGGAGAGUCUAAACGGUCCGGGUCGGUUAUCGGGAACUGGGUGAAAGGUCAUCUGUAUAGGGCUCCGUCAAUCACCGCUUCCAUGGCUUACAAACAGAGGUCUGAUCUGAGGCUUUUGCUUGGAGUUAUGGGAGCACCACUCGCUCCGGUGAAUGUUAGCUCCACUGACCCUCUGCCUCAUCUCAGCAUUAAGGACACUCCUAUUGAAACUUCAUCUGCUCAGUACAUACUGCAGCAGUAUACAGCUGCGUCUGGAGGGCAAAAGCUUCAAAACUCCAUAAAGAAUGCUUAUGCCAUGGGAAAGGUGAAGAUGGUAGCAUCUGAGUUUGAAACUGCAUCCAGGGUGGUGAAAAAUAAGCAUGCUGCAAAAGGUGCUGAGUCUGGUGGAUUCGUUCUGUGGCAGAUGAAUCCCGAUAUGUGGUAUGUGGAGCUUGCAGUUGGUGGAAGCAAGGUUCAUGCUGGAUGCAAUGGGAAGCUGGUUUGGAGGCACACUCCCUGGCUUGGUGCCCACACUGCCAAAGGCCCCGUUAGACCUCUACGUCGUGCUCUUCAGGGUCUUGAUCCAAGAACCACUGCAAGCAUGUUUGUUGAUGCAAAAUGCAUAGGUGAGAAAAAGAUCAAUGGGGAAGAUUGCUUUAUUCUUAAACUAUGUGCUGAUCCUCAGACAUUAAAGGCUAGGAGUGAAGGUCCAGCUGAGAUCAUAAGGCAUGUGCUGUUUGGAUACUUUAGCCAGAAAACUGGUCUAAUUGUUCACAUGGAGGAUUCACAUCUCACCCGCAUUCAGACCAACGGUGGAGAUGCAGUUUACUGGGAAACCACCAUAAAUUCUUUCAUGGAUGAUUAUAGGUCUGUGGAUGGCAUGAUGAUUGCGCACUCGGGUCGUUCUGUGGUUACCCUUUUUAGGUUUGGAGAGAUGGCAAUGAGCCAUACCAAGACGAGAAUGGAAGAAGUUUGGACCAUUGAAGAGGUUGUGUUCAACGUGCCAGGGUUGUCAAUGGACUGUUUUAUCCCUCCUGCUGACUUAAGAUCUGGGUCAAUCAGCGAGUCCUCCGAACUUCCCCAAGGAGGGGAACGAGGAAAAGCUGCAAUCGCAAUAGCUGCUCAUCGUGCAAAGGUUGCAGCGCUGGAAAAAGGGCAGGAUAAUGUGGUGUGGAAGAUGGAAAUGUGAUAAAUUAAGAUUAGAAGGAAGGAAAUUGUUUAUAUAGGGUGGGUCAAAUCAAUGGUAGUAUCUGAUUGACUAACAGCAGCUUACAAGAUAGGAAGUAGAAUAAAAGUGAGUAAAAAUAUGAGGUAGCAUAAUAAUGAAUGACCAUGGGGGUUGGAAAGAUGGUGUUUAUUUGAAUGGAGGUUUAUUUUUAGUUUACCUCCUUCCAUGAAUGGAAAAAUGGAGGAAAACUGUGCAGUUUUGAAGCAGCAGCUUAGUAUUGAUCCCUAGUUGUUGUUUUUUAGUUUCAGAUGUGUUCCAGUUGGAUUGAUGUGGUUGUUGGGUUUUUUCACCUAGUGGUGUAGGUGUUUUGAAUGUGUGUUGAAUAUGAAGAAGAAAUAUUUAGUUGAAUGUGGGUGUAUCUUUGAUGUUUGCUGGCAAUUUCAUCUUCUUUGUUUGUUUGUUUGUUC